UAAAGUAAAAGGCGAAAAACCCUAGAAGAGAGUGAAUACGAUCCCCGAGCGAGAGCUUGGAGGGCGCUGGAAAUGGCAGCGAGGCGAUCAGCAUCUCUUUGUCGCUCCCUCUUCCUUCGCCCCUCUGUGGCUACGCAGACAACCUCCCGACCAGGUUUUCACCAAUCCAGGAAUGUAAUAUUGAAUCAGUAUUCUGCGUGCCGAUCCUCCUUUACAACUGAACUCACUGGUUUAUGCACUCAGAAGAGAUGGGCUUCUCGAGCAGCAACAGCGGCAGCAGCACGAACUUCAGUAGAUGACAACAAGAUCAGCAUCGGCCCGAAAAAAGGUAAACUCGAGAAAGAUGCUAAAGAGACUGAAGUCAUAUACGAGGGUCCAAUAUCUUCGACCAUAAAGAAAGUAAAGCUUCUGUCCCUCUCCACCUGCUGCCUCUCCGUGUCACUCGGUCCUGUCAUAACAUUCAUGACCUCUCCUGAACUGAAUGUAAUCCUCAAGGGCGGAGUCGCUUCUACCGUGAUCUUUCUCAGCGCUUCGACUACUGCAGCACUCCAUUGGUUUGUUAGCCCUUACAUCCACAAACUGAAGUGGCAGCCCGGUUCACCGACCUUUGAUGUUGAGAUGAUGUCAUGGCUGGCUACACCUCUUCCUAGAACUAUCAGAUUUGCAGAUGUUAAGGCAGCAGAUACAAAAAGACCUUUUGUAACAUUCAAGGCUGAUGAUAACUUCUAUUUUGUUGAUGCAGAACAUUGCAAUAACAAGGCUUUACUGGCAAGGCUCACACCUGAGAAACCAUCUGGUCAACAAUCUGCUUUCAAGAACAUCUGAUUGAGGAUAAACAGAGUGCUUUUAUGUUAUGGCGCAAUAUCAGUCUUUGAAAUAGUUUGAAAUUCCUUAAUGCCUCAAUAAAAUUUUUUUAAGUGUUUUCUAUGUAUGACAAAUAGCUGCUUGAGAGCUGUUUUGUAUACUAAGCAUCCUCUGAUCAAUCUGAUUCAGUGAUCAGGCCUUUUUGUUUAA